AACAUUUUGAAAAAGAGAAAGGAGAGAAGGACAGAACUAAAGAACCGAGAGGGAGUGGGGAGGGAGUAUGGGAGCCUCAUUCUGAAUGCCUGCUGUCCUGAGCAGAGCAGGGAAGAACUUAUUUUUGUGUUGGAAAGUAAACAGUGCAGGAUAUUUCCACUCUGUUUGGCCAGAGCCUGGAGCCUUACAAGCUAUAAAAGUAGACAGGGAUAUAAUUAGUUUUCAGGAACCAGUCAGUAUAACAGCAGGAAGUUCAAGGGAGGUAACCAGGAUUAGAGUCCACAGGGAAGCUGGUCGGAGGAAAUACAACUGAGGACAAAAAGCGCCUAUGUCUUCUAAGACACCGCAGCAGCAACCGCGGGAGGAAGACGAGGUGGAAGGCAAAGACCGACGGGAGAGGUUUGAGUUUGAAGACAGAGCUGAUGAGGAAAAGGUUCCAGCAGAUACUAUACACCCUGUCUCAGACUCUGUCAAAGCUAAUCUAACAUCAAACCAGUUUUCUAUGGAGGCUACAAGCACAUGUGGACAUGUGGACAAUGCAGUAUUGACAUCCACUGCACAUUCAAAACAACCUCUCAAUACAAUGGCCCCUGCUGGUCAGGAGGACAAUCCUUCCCAGGAAUUACACCCCACAGCCUCUACAGAUGUUCCAGUUAACAACCCCCCCACACGGUUCUCUCAACCCAUCCACCUGGUUGAACCUGGUGCUGUAGCAUCAUUAAUGGAAGAGCAGCCCUGGCAGGAACCCCAGGGAGUGUCUGGUCCUGAGGAGAUGUUAUCUGUGGAGAACCAGGCUGAUUCAUGCGGCCAUGCUGUGGAAACAACAAACGAGAGUUCAAGCCUGAAGAAACACUCUGAAGUUAAUGACAGAUCUUGCAGACCGUGGAAUAGACAGGGUUGCAUUUACAAACAAGAAGGAGUGGCUGAUGCAGAGCUCCUGACACGGAACCCAGAGGUGAUCUAUGAUGACGUGCCCUGUGAGGGACAACUUUCUCCUGAAGAUGGGGACAUAAUAUAUGAGGAUGUGAAGAGAGAAGGGCCCCAGGGUGCAGGCAACGGUUGGAGCUCCAGUGAGUUUGAGAGUUAUGACGAGCAGUCUGAUACUGAGAGCAAACCUCCAACCCGCAGCAAGCAGUACUCCCCUGAUGUGCGUCGGCUGAGGGAACGUUGUGCAAGGACCAAACAUGAAAUAGCCAUGAGGCUGGGUGGAAAAAAAUACUAUGACACCAAGGUUCAUCAGCUAAUGAAGGCCGCCAGAAGUGGGACUAAGGACGGACUGGACAAAACCAAAAUAGCUUUCAUGCGGAGAGUAUCCUUCCUGCACAAGAAGGACCACUCAGAGAAUGUGCAUGAUGAUGCAGGGUACCUGGAUAUGGCAAUUUCAGAUGUGAAACAUCCCCCUGCACAGCUGAGCCCCAUGCCAGAGGGACUGAGCAGCCAACAGGUGCUAAGACGCCACAUCCUGGGCUCUAUAAUUCAAAGUGAGCACAGAUAUCUUGAAUCGCUCAGGAGAAUACUUCAGGAAUACCAGAGGCCGUUGCUGGAGGCAGAUCCACGAAUCCUGAGCCCACGGAAGAUUCGGCCCAUAUUCUUCCGUCUAAGGGAGAUCACUCAGUGUCACUCCAUGUUUCAGAUUGCACUGACAUCACGUGUGGCUGAGUGGGACAACAGUGAGAAGAUUGGAGACCUAUUUGUGGCCUCGUUUUCCAAGUCGAUGGUACUAGAUGUUUACAGCGACUAUGUCAACAACUUCACCAAUGCGAUGGCCCUCAUUAAAAAGGCAUGCUUGUCCAAACCAGCUUUCCUGGAAUUUUUAAAGAAGAAGCAGGCAUCCAGUGUUGACCGGAUCACCCUGUAUGGUCUCAUGGUGAAGCCCAUCCAACGCUUUCCCCAGUUCAUCUUAUUACUGCAGGACAUGUUAAAGAACACACCUAAGGGUCAUGUGGACCGCCUCCCUCUGCAGCUUGCACUGACUGAACUGGAGAUGCUGGCCGAGAAGCUGAAUGAACAGAAACGCAUAUCCGACCAAAUAGCUGAGACUCAGCAGCUAGCACACAGUGUCAGUGACCGCUCACUCAGCAAGAAACUGAAUUCAGACCAGGAGGUGCUGGUGCUUUCUGAGACGCUGAUUGAGACUGUGUACGGGGAGCGAGGCCAGGUCUUGAAGUCCAAGGAGCGCAAAGUCUUCCUCUUCAGUGACAUCCUCAUCUGUGCUAACAUCAACAUCAAGGGGCUCCCUGAUAUUAGCAGCCUGGUCCCUGUUGGUCCUAAGUAUACCAUGAAGUGGAGUGCUCCCUUGGUGCAGGUCCAGGUUGUAGAGGUGGGUCAGGAGGCCUUCCAGGGCAAGGAGACCCUGUACCAACAUUGCAGCGCCAUGCGCUCUGGCAGUGCUUGUCCCCAAGGGAAGGUGAUCAUGGGUCCUCCACGGCUUUACCAGGAGCUCCAAGAACUGCAGUAUGACCUGUCUGUAGUGGAGGAAGUCACAUUACUGGUCGGAACACUACAGGGCACAUACCAGAACCUGAACACAACCGUGGCCCAGGACUGGUGUCUAGCUCUCCAGAGACUCAUCCGGAUCAAAGAAGACCAGAUUCAGAGUGCCAACAAGUGCCGCUUACGCUUGCAGGUGCCUGGGAGACCAGACAAAUCAGGACGUCCUGUCAGCUUCAUGGUUGUUUUCAACACCCCCAGCCCACUUAGCAAGAUCUCCUGGGUCAACAGGCUUCACCUGGCCAAGAUUGCACAGGGAGAGGAGAACAAACCAGGAUGGAUCUGUGCUGAGGAUGAAGAAAAGACCAUGGCGCCAUUUUGGCCUCUACUUGCUUGCCGUGUGCCUGUAUAUGCCACCAAAUCUUCUAAAAGGAAGCUUAACGCUGCCCUUCACAAUCCAGUACAGUGUGCUUUGCUUGGCUUCUCUGCAACGAGCACCUCGCUACCUCAAGGCUACCUCUGGUUCCCAACUGAGAACAACCACAAGAAUGGACUACUGUACAUGCAGGUUGCUAGUGGAGGAGAUGCCACCCAAGGGCAGGUGGAGAUUUUCUCCCUUAACAGACCAAUACCACGCCCUGUAAAGUGCCUCCAGGUCGGGUCUCCAGUGAAGUGUCUGGAGUACGUGCCUGAAUCCAAACACUCAGAGGGGGUUGAGGUGGAUGCUGGGACCCUGAAGAGCCCUACUGGGGUGGGGAACACCAUCUGUUUGGGACUGGAUGAUGGAAGCAUCCUGGUGUAUGGCAGUGUGGACACUGCAGCCCAGUGCGUAUUGACCCUGCGGAAUCUUCAGAGUUGCCCUGUCCUGUGCCUCAAACACUGCAACAGUUUCCUGUUUGCUGGGCUCAGGAAUGGAACCAUGAUUGUCUAUGAAAGGAGCAAUGGAGGUGAGCUGUGGGAAUCAAACUCCUACAGGACUGUGGUUGUUGGACCUGAGCCGGUGCGGACUCUCCUGGUACUGGAGGAUUCUGUGUGGGCCAGCUGUGCCAACGCUGUGACCAUUAUCGAGGGCUCCAGCCUUGCCACUCAGAGGUUUGAGGUGCACCCAGAUCCCAUGGUAAGUGUGGCCCAUAUGGUCCAGGCUGGAGGAGGAGUCUGGAUGGCCUUUAGUGAGGGCUCUUCUAUUAGUCUGUUCCACACUGAGACACUGGAGCAUCUUCAGGAAAUCAACAUCUCCACUCAUAUGUCUUUGCACAACCCAGGCCAGAAGAACAUGCGGGUCACCACUCUGCUCAUCUGUCAGGGGCUCCUGUGGGUGGGCACUGCCCAGGGAGUCAUCAUCACCUUGCCUGUUCCCAAACUGGAGGGCAUCCCCAAAAUUACCGGAAAGGGGAUGACCUCUCUGAAUGCCCACAGUGGUCCAGUGGACUUCUUGGUGGCCAUCUCCAGCACCCUGUCCCCAGAGCUGCUAAAGAGAAAUUCUGUGGGGGAGGGACGCAACUCCGCCUGCGGAGAGGAGGACCGUAGUGACUCAGAUUCCCAGGUGUCUAUGCAGCAGUCAAGCUCUUCCCAGGGGGAGUGCCAGGGCAAGGGGCAGGGUUUGUUGCUGCAGUACAGGUUGCGCUCCACAUCGGGAUUGCCAGGGCAACCAUUAACGGUGCUGGGUGAUGAAGCCUCUGACUCCUCUCUUGACUCUUUGGAACACAGCCUGGAGGACGGCUCCAUCUACGAGCUCAGUGACGACCCAGAUAUGUGGGUGCAGGGGCGGUCUUAUGAACGGGAUGGGGGGCGCGGGGAUAGAGUGACCUCAUUAGCUGUAAUAUCCGGGGGCAUGGGCUUCCACAGAUUGAUGGAAGGGACAACAGAUCAUGUGGGGCUAGAAUCUUCAGAAACCUGCCUGAUGGUAUGGCAACUACCACUAACCAUGUGACCUGGAACCAACAUGUAGGCAGUGUAGAGUGAAGAAUCCAAUACUUGCCCCAGCCCAGUCUUGUAAUGACAGAAACACAAACCAUGUUAGAGCAGGACAUCAGUGCUGGCAUAUAGCAACAUAGCCAGACAGAUUCUGGUGGCCUAUUGGGCAUUGCGCACCACCAUCCCAUUGCUGCCUUUGUGUGUGUCAUCCUCCACAGCCACAAACCCAGAGCCAUUUUUCUGACAGCUUAAACUGGUCUUCUUCCCUCCUUGCCAAAAUGGAUAUGCUUGGAAUCAAGUAUUAUCAGAGCUGACUGUGCUCGCCUCAACACUCAGAUUUUUCUCCCAUGGUUGACAGCAUUCCUUUGUGUGGACAGCAUUUAUUUUUAAGUGACAGUAGACUGCAAUCCUCUGACAUUGUUGGAUCUACCAUUUCACAGUGCUGGAGAUGGACCUACAAUACUUUAUCUGAUACUUUGGGAGAGGACAAAUCGGUUUAUAUUUAAGGAAAGCAGAGAAACGACUAUGUUUACAAAGAACUUCAGUGUUAUUUAGUUCUGUUAGCUCAGAAAUCUUUGUACUCACACUUUGAAAUUGUGGAUAUGAAUAAAAUGUCUGUCAUCAUG